UCUAUCCCCUCCCCCUCCUGUGGGAGGAACUAAUCGGGAAGUUGCAGAAGUGCUCAGCCUCACCGGUGAGAGACUGGAAGGGGUGAGCUACAGACUGCGAGAUCUCAGUGGCAGAGUGAAAUUCAGCCCCACCUGCUACCUAUGACCACCGAUGGGGUUUCUUUAACCCGCACCCGUAUCAGCGUGGCGUGACCUGCUAAAUGGCAGACAGGAAUUUGGUAGGGAGAGGGAGGGAGGUGCUGGUCGGCUGUAGGUGAUGCGUACGUGGGGGUGUUGCUGUGGCAGGAGAGGCCGAAGUCCUGGCCUAGUACCUCUACACCGCGGUGGCACCCUCCCUGAGGUUUUCCACGAGGCCAGUCACUUCUUUCAGCGACACUCUAAUCCUUCGGUUGCUGUUGUGGACGCCGAUGCCUCUUCGUCUUACCCCAACCAGACCUGCCUCUUUCGCCCUCGGAGAACCGGCUCAGCUCUGGACUUUGUCUACUUGAAGCAACAUUACUGGGACACCUGCAGAUGUGAAUGAGGAUUUGAACCAUGUCACGGCCCAAGAUACUGCUAUGGCUUCCUUUGCUAUUUACCCCGGUCUGCAUCAUGUUAAAGUCCAAUGUCCUCCUGUGGAUGACUGCUCUUGCCAUCAAGUUCACUCUCAUUGACAGCCAAGCACAGUAUCCAGUUGUCAACACAAAUUAUGGCAAAGUACGAGGCCUAAGAACACCAAUACCCAAUGAGAUCUUGGGUCCAGUGGAGCAGUACUUAGGGGUUCCCUAUGCCUCACCCCCAACUGGAGAGAGGCGAUUUCAAUCCCCUGAGCCCCCCUCCUCCUGGACUGGCAUCCGAAAUGCGACUCAGUUUGCUGCUGUAUGUCCCCAGCACCUGGAUGAGAGAUCUUUACUGCAUGACAUGCUGCCCAUCUGGUUUACCGCCAAUUUGGAUACAUUGAUGACCUAUUCUCAAGAUCAAAAUGAAGACUGCCUUUACUUAAACAUCUAUGUGCCCACAGAAAAUGAUAUUCAUGAUCAGAACAGUAAGAAGCCGGUUAUGGUCUAUAUCCAUGGGGGAUCUUACAUGGAGGGCACGGCCAACAUGAUUGAUGGCAGCAUUUUGGCAAGCUAUGGGAACGUCAUUGUGAUCACCAUUAACUACCGCCUGGGAAUACUAGGUCUCUUCCAGAAGGCCAUUGUUCAGAGCGGCACCGCCCUGUCCAGCUGGGCAGUGAACUACCAGCCAGCCAAGUACACUCGGAUUUUGGCAGACAAGGUCGGCUGCAACAUGCUGGACACCAUGGACAUGGUAGAAUGCCUGCGGAACAAGAACUACAAGGAGCUCAUCCAGCAGACCAUCACCCCAGCCACCUACCACAUAGCCUUUGGGCCCGUGAUUGACGGCGACGUGAUCCCAGACGACCCCCAGAUCCUGAUGGAACAAGGCGAGUUCCUCAAUUAUGACAUCAUGCUGGGCGUCAACCAAGGAGAAGGCUUGAAGUUCGUGGAUGGCAUCGUGGACAAUGAGGACGGUGUGACACCCAAUGACUUUGAUUUCUCCGUGUCCAACUUUGUGGACAACCUUUACGGCUACCCUGAAGGGAAAGACACUUUGCGGGAGACUAUCAAGUUUAUGUACACAGACUGGGCCGAUAAGGAAAACCCUGAGACGCGGCGGAAGACUCUGGUGGCUCUCUUUACUGACCACCAGUGGGUGGCUCCCGCCGUGGCCACCGCUGACCUGCACGCGCAAUAUGGCUCCCCCACCUAUUUCUAUGCCUUCUAUCAUCACUGUCAAAGCGAAAUGAAGCCCAGCUGGGCAGACUCUGCCCAUGGCGACGAGGUCCCCUAUGUCUUUGGCAUCCCCAUGAUCGGCCCAACUGAGCUCUUCAGUUGUAACUUCUCCAAGAACGACGUCAUGCUCAGUGCCCUGGUCAUGACCUACUGGACAAACUUCGCCAAAACUGGUGAUCCAAAUCAACCAGUUCCACAGGAUACCAAGUUCAUUCACAUGAAACCCAACCGCUUUGAGGAAGUGGCCUGGUCCAAGUAUAAUCCCAAAGACCAGCUCUAUCUACAUAUUGGGUUGAAACCAAGAGUGAGAGAUCAUUACCGGGCAACAAAAGUGGCUUUCUGGUUGGAACUCGUUCCUCAUUUGCACAACUUGAACGAGAUAUUCCAGUAUGUUUCAACAACCACAAAGGUCCCUCCUCCAUACAUGACCUCAUUUCCCUAUGGUACCUGGCGAUCUCCCACCAAGAUAUGGCCGACCACCAAACGCCCAGCUAUCACUCCUGCCAACAAUCCCAAACACUCGAAGGACCCUCACAAAACGGGUCCCGAGGACACAACUGUCCUCAUUGAAACCAAACGGGAUUAUUCCACCGAAUUAAGCAUCACCAUUGCCGUCGGGGCGUCGCUCCUCUUCCUCAACAUUUUGGCCUUUGCAGCACUGUACUACAAAAAGGACAAGAGGCGCCAUGAGACUCACAGGCGCCCCAGUCCCCAGAGAAACACCACAAAUAAUAUCGCUCACAUCCAGAAUGAAGAGAUGAUGUCUCUGCAGAUGAGGCAGCUGGAGCACGAUCACGAGUGUGCGUCGCUCCAGGCACACGACACACUGAGGCUCACCUGCCCACCAGACUACACCCUCACUCUGCACCAGUCGUCAGAUGACAUCCUGCUGAUGACGCCAAACACCAUCACCAUGAUUCCAAACACACUGACAAGGAUGCAGCCUUUGCACACCUUCAACACCUUCAGCGGAGGGCAGAACAGUACCAACUUACCCCAUGGACAUUCCACCACUAGAGUAUAGUUUUGCAGCAUUCCCCUCCUUUCCCUCCACCCCUCCAGCCCAGGAAUACACAGCAGAUAAAGAAGCAGAGAAAGAAAGUCUCCAAAUCACGAAUAUUCUUUUCUCUGUGACUUAAGACAAAAAUACAAAAAAGCAGUCAUCCCGUUGUCCCAGUGCACCAUUCUCAUUGGCUUUUUCCAGUAUUAUGAGAUCAACUUCUGACUCUAUGAAAUGUGAAAAGUGUACAUUUCUGUUACAAUACUGCUUUAAGAUCUUGGCCACUCCACCCAGUGUUUCGAUGUUUUGUGUGACUAGGACAUCACCAUUUCAAGGACCUGGGUGUUUCCAACAUCACAGAAGCAGCUUACACUUCUGGAACUCAGCAAGGGACACUUAAUAUUUUUUAAUUACAAUGGAAAUUUAAACAUUUCUUUCUGGGCCACACAAUGGAUGGCUCUCCUUAUAAGGAAGAAAGAGUCUGUGGACUUUUGUCCAGCACGUGGCACUGUAAUCCAGAGAGAAGGAAACGUAGAAAUUUAUUGUCAAAAUAAAAGAAUUGACUAUGCAGUGAAAUCUGUAUGGUUUUGUGCAGAGUUGUUUUGCCAGCCAGAACUAUAUUUAAGAUACUUUGUACGAAAUAAAAAUAUAUAUAUUCCUGUGAGUUUAAACAAAAACACAAAAAAGAAAAAAAUAUUUUCUUGAUGUUUUCAGUUUGAAACAGGUUUUUGGAAGAUACUGCUUUUCCUACUGCUCUGCAUAUAUCUACAAAUAGAUGCAUUUCUAUAACUACAUAUAUACACACAUAUACAUAUUAAUCAUAUCAUCUCUGUUUUUCUGCCAAAAAAAAGCUUUUCUUAUUAAUUACUUGUAAACAAAACGUUAUUUUCUGACAUGAGAUUUUCAUUUGUAAGAGGAUGUUUUGUCAUACAGAAUACUCAGAAGUUCUCUGUGGCUUAUCUCUCUCUGUCACAUUGCAAAGAUGCAUGCAAGAACAUUUUAGGAGACCAUUGUUUUUGAAAGCUUUGAUUUGUACAUGUUAGCUUUUAUAAAAUUGCAGCAUACAAAUAUGUCCCCAAAGUUGAAUGUAUUUAAAAAUUGUUCAAGUAGACACACACAUACACACACACACACAAUUACGAGGGUAAAAAAAAUACAAGUCCCAUUUUGUAGCUCUGGCCCUUUGAAUAUGUUUAAGAAGAGUUGCUUCCCAUUUCAGGAUUGUGCCAAAAAAAAAAGAAGAAAGCUUGCCUUUGGUGGGGCUAUGGCCCUUGGAGUUAAUAGCGCUCUGUGCGCCCUAGCUGCUGCAGGAGGGUUUGGCCAAUGAAGUACCUGCUCAGCUUAGCUAAUCAGAGUGAAGGAAGACAUGUCUUUCCUUUUUUGUUUAAGCACUUAAUUCCUUAUUUAUCAGUUAGCAAAGUUUUAAAAAUAUUUCAUAUCAUUAAUGGAUAAAACACAUGCUUGUCUGACAUACCACUAUUUGUGGAUUUGUGUAUCUAGUCAAACAAUAUUAUUGAAGAAUGUAGAAAAAAUGACAGAACAUUAAAAUUGCUUUGGAAAGGUUUUCUUGGAAAUUAGAAUAAUUUUGCUGAGGAGAUCUAGUCACCAAUUUAAAGAAAGAGGUGAAAAAAAUUCACGUUUUAAAUUGGUGACCAUAUGAUCAGAGAUUUUCCUUUUCAAUGGCUUGCCAUUUUGCUAUUUCUCUUCUCAUUUUCAGGAAAGUUUGAGUGUUACAAGGCAGAAGGAAACAAAGUAGCAACAGUUUCUCUAUAUUUUGUCUUUCCAAGAUUACUGCAUUACCAAGGAACAGUGGCCAAAGAUAUUUGAUGAUCAUGUCCCUGGGCUGCAUUGUGGUUUAUUCUAGAAAUCCAGUUUUAUAAAUGUCUCUGCUAAAAUGGACAUUCCCCAUAAAAUUAUCCAGCUUUCUGGGGCUUUUUCAAUAACAACUUUGAUUACACUCAAACUUUAGGAAUAUACCAGUGUUUGAGAGUGACUUCUAGAAAAGAAAACAAUGCUUUUAGAAAUGCAUAAAAAUUACCCCCAAAUCCUGUUCCUUGUCUUGGGUUAAACUUGAGUGAUUCUCUGUGUAUAAAUAUGUGAAAUAUAAUGAUCUCAGCCUAGCACACGUGAAGUAAUAUUUCUUUCCUACAGGGAGGAGUCAUGGUAAGAUUUAAUUCCCAAUUCAUUAUUUUCACAGAGCUAUGUUCAGGCCAUUACUGCAAACAAUGUAUGACCCCAACUGGACAACCAAAAAUUAGGCUCUCUAUAAAACUGCAAAGGACUUGAUUUAUGGCAUCCAUGCUGGUGUCAUUCUAUAAUGUGAAUUCCAUAUUCAUUUAGUAUUUCCAGUUGUUUCUGCUAGCAAUAUGACAGAAAUGUGACAGGCUUGUGGCAUCUUAAUAAGAAAAAGAAGAGCUCAUAUUAAGUGAAUAACUUAAGCUUUUACAUGGGUUUAUGAUCAAAAGUGAUUUAGUAGCUUAAAUGAUGUAUUAUUUCUGCAUGAAAAAAAGUUAUAGAAUCUUUAUAGAGUUUUAUGAGAAAAAAUAUACUUGCUAUUUACAAAAAAGAAAAAAUUAGAAAAAAUAUUAUUAUUAGGCUACUAUUCUUAAUCUUUUUAAAAUUUUUUUAUUGCAUUGUAGGUUUUGGGGUACAUGAGCAGAACAUGCAAGACAGUUGCGUAGGUACAAACAUGGCAGUGUGUUUUGCUUCCAUUCUCCCCUUCACCCACAUUUGGCAUUUCUCCCCAGGCUGUCCCUCCUCACCUCCCCCUCCCACUGGCCC